AUGGCAUCCAAGAGGCGCUGCCGCCUUGCUCCGUGCUUUUUGGGUAUCCUGCUAAAUGCUUGCAUGGGUGUGUCGUGUGAUGCUGAGCUCUCCUUCACCCUGGAGCCAAGUGACAUCAUCGCAGUGCAGGAGCAGCCCCUUAUGCUCCAUUGCCAGGUGAAUGGUAUCCCCCCGAUCACAACACAAUGGAGGCACAACAGCAUGCUUUUAACUCAGGACAAGUAUCACACCACCUUCAUCAAUGGCUCUCUCCUCAUUGGCCACUUCCUCAAGACCAAAUCUGACAACUCGUCGGAUGAAGGGGACUAUGAGUGUAUGGCCCAGAAUUCUUUUGGGCUGGUGGUCAGCCGAAAGGCGCGCAUCCAAGCAGCCACCAUGGCCGAUUUCCAUGUCCAACCAGAGCCAGUGCAUGCUGAAGAGUCUGGGGUGGCCAGAUUCCAAUGCCAAAUCCAUGGCUUGCCAGAGCCUGUUAUCAGCUGGGAAAAAGAUGGGCGUCCUGUCGACACCAAGGACAAGAGGUACACUCUCCUGCCUACAGGUGUUCUGCAGAUUACAGGAGUGCGUGAGGAGGACAGUGGAAAGUUCUGCUGUGUGGCUCAUAACAGUGCAGGAGUGAAACACAGUGCUGAGGCCCUCCUUUCUGUUUCAGGCUCACAGUCAUCUGUUUACAAAGAACCAAUGAUCCUAGUUGGUCCGGAAAAUCUCACCCUCACUGUUCACCAAACUGCCAUUUUGGAGUGUGUUGCUACAGGAUACCCCCGCCCCAUUGUGUCUUGGAGCAGACUAGAUGGACGUCCCAUUGGUGUGGAGGGUAUCCAAGUACUUGGCACUGGAAACUUGAUGAUUUCCAAUGUUGGUGUGCAGCACUCAGGAAUUUAUGUGUGUGCUGCUAACAAACCAGGAACCCGUGUUCGUAGGACUGCUCAGGGACGUCUAGUCGUUCAAGCUCCUGCAGAGUUUAUUCAACCUCCGCAGUCUAUUGCUCGACCUGUGGGGACCACAGCUAUGUUCACCUGCCAAGCCCAGGGUGAGCCUGAGCCCCAGCUCACUUGGCUGAAGAACGGCCAGAUCCUGGAGCCUGGUGGCCACGUCAAACUCAGAAGCAACAACAGCACACUGACGAUAUACAGCAUCAGCCAGGACGACGAGGCCAUCUACCAGUGCAUUGCUGAGAACAGCGCCGGCUCCACGCAGGCCAGUGCGCGCCUCACGGUGCUCUGGGCUGACGGACUCCCUGGUGUGCCCACCAACGUGCAGGCUAAGGCCCUCUCACCCACCACCAUCCAGGUGUCCUGGAGGGAGCCCGAUCAGAACACACAAGACAUAAUCGGUUAUGUGCUCCACAUACGCAAGACCCCAGACCCAGUGGAAAUGGAGUAUGAGGAGGCAGUCAGUAAGGUGAUGCUGCAGCAGAUCAUCCGAGAUCUCGAGCCUUCCACGAGUUACACCUUCUACGUCAAAGCCUACACGUCCCGUGGGGCCAGCAAACCAUCAGACAGUGCCACAGAGAGCACUCAUGGGGAAGUUCCAGCACCUCCCUCCCUCUUCGCCAAAGUUGUGAACAGCAGUGUGGUGCAAGCAAUGUGGGAAGCUUCCACCAAGAUGGGUCAACACCAAGGCUUCCGACUAUAUUACAGAAGAGCCCACACAGCAGUGUUCACUGGUCCCAUUUUCUUACCACGCAACGCUACCCAGUACAACAUUACUCAGCUGGACCCUUCACUGGUUUAUGAGAUAAAUCUGCUGGCAUACAACCAACACGGUGAUGGCAAUGCCACAAUGCGUUUUGUCUCACUUCGAGAGGCAUUGGAGAAAUCUGUUCUGGAUGCCUCCUGUGACUGUGUGCAAGAUGAACAGAGCAAAACAUCCACCACAGGCAUCAUAAUUGGCAUUCACAUUGGAGUCACCUGUAUCAUCUUCUGCAUUCUCUUCCUCGUCUUCAGCUACCGUGGCAGGUUGAUGAUGUGUAAGGAAGUUCAGGCCACCCCCCAGGCAGCACACAGCACAGCACUGGAAUCCUCUCCUUCCCAGGAGGGCUAUGGGCUGAACACAGCCACCAGAAGAGAGAUGAAGGUCAAUUGCAGCGCAGGAGGAAACAAAGUGGUUGACAGCAAAGAGCUGGAGAGAUUCUUCCCUCAGUCCAACACACAAGACCCACGCAUGGCUGACAGAACCCUCUUGACCUACUCCCCAAAUGACACGCAGCUGUCCACAAUACCACUGGACGAAUUCACUGUCGAGCGGAACACAGAAACACAUUUCCAAGAGUCUUCUGCAACACGAACGGCUCAACGGAACCAAUGCUAAUCAAUGAAUGAAAUGUCUACUCAGAUUCUCUCUGACUCAGGUUUUCCUUUUAGUAUAGGUGGCAUUUUGUGUAGAGAUUUUUAUUGGUAAGUUAAGAAGUUCUAGAGAGUCUAGAACUGGUUUUGGGCAAGUUGUUUUUCGACAGGCUUACCAGUUAAGUGUUCUUUACGCUCACUGUCUGGUCAUUAGUUUAUUUUCUGGUGUUCCGCAGCACACAGAAG